AUGAGCGGCGGCGCUGAAGGCGCCAACGUCACCCUCGCACCCGCUGCCUUACACCCGUUGGCGGACGCAAAGGAGGAGAGACGGGAGUGUGCUGGGGCGCGCACAGUGUGCCGCCCAGAGGGAAGGAGUAAUCCCAAACAAAGACAGGACCUGGUGAGCACGACAAUGAGCUUUAGUCGCCCGCAGCGGUCGCCGCACCGGACGCUGCGGCACUCGCGCACCGCCGCCCUGCUCACUGACCUCCAUCUAGCGCGGCACAGCCGAAACUGCUUUCCACGCCGUCCCUUGCGUGCUUCUCACUCCACGCAGUGCCUCCUGCCCAACAACGCCGACGCCGCUGACAAUGACGCGGCAAUCCCCACCUCGUACUCCGUCACGACCUACACGACAACCACGUACAUAAACUGUGAGGACGUCUCCGGCAGCGACUCCGAAUACUCCGAGUACGACCUCGUCAAUGAGCAGAUGCAGGACUUCCUGCUCGACUCCGACGACACGUCUGACGGCGACGCCGAGGUGGAGGACAUACUCGGUUUCGGGGCGGUUUUUAUGGGUGGUUUGAUCCCCACAUGGUCGAGGGAUGCUCACCACGCACGCGCAUGGCGACGCACCACGAAGCCUAGCCGCCGACGGAUAGCGAAGAAGUCGGAAAGCUGCUCAUCGCUCUCGAACGCUGCACGGCCGACAGCGAGCUCGAGCACUACCAUGCUGAGCGACUUGGACACCACUGUGAGGGAGGCAAUGGGGACGGGUGGGGCCGCGCAGCGGCGCGGCACCCGCAAGCAGCGACGGGCGAUGGCAAACGGUGAGCGGCGUUGGCUUGUGCCCCCUCUCUCCGCCGUCUCGGUGGAGGUCACCGAUGGUGGAAACAAUGGGCGAAGGCAGCUACCGUGGUUCACUGUCGUGUUUGACCUAGACGAGACGCUGGUUGGGGCCCGCUACGGCCCCAUCCAUCUGCGCCCCCACGUUGGCGAGCUGCUGCGGUCGCUUCACCGGCUCCCUGUGGAGAUCAUUGUGUGGACCGCCGGGACGGCGCACUACGUAAACCCCAUUCUUCACGCAAUCGGGCAAGCCUGCGGCCGACGGCAGUGGUUCCAUCACAUUAUUAGCCGACAUAGGCGCUGGUACCGCGGCGCCAACACGUGUGUGAAGGACCUCAAGCAGCUCGGUCGUCCUCUGGACCGCCUUGUUAUGGUGGAGAAUAACCCCAUCUCCGCCCUCCCGCAGCCCUCGCUCUGCGUGCUCCUCGAAGACUACCUGCGACCAAAUGCCGCAGACGAGUCGCUGUUGGUCCUGAAGGAGUUGUUUGAGCGACUGGCGCUUCAGUACGAGAGAGAAUCACGCACCUCAUCCGUGACAGACACUUGUGAGCAAGCGGCCGAAGAGGAUUGGCCUGCACAACGGCACACGCGUUCGCCUAGAAACAGGUUACCGGAUCCGACAACAGCUCGCACCACUGCCCUGCCCUCUUCAGCUCCUCCGUCGCUAGAGCUGCUCGUCCGCGAUGAUGCUGCACUGCAGCUGGUCGAGUUCCGCAUGGAGGACAUUUUCAAGGAGGACGGUGUGUCGAAUCUUCAGCGGGCCGAGAUGAGGGAGAUGGUUGGAGGGGCGGACACAUUGAGGUGCCUUUGCCUUUGUUAUACACCGCCUCUUCUGCCUUCAUCCACCGCUGCGGCAGCACCAGGUACUGCAGCACUGGUGUCAUGCGUGUCGACGGCGAUGCGCAGCUACGGAUCCGUCAAUCCACUGCGGCCGUUUUAG